AUGUCCCCAGACUCAACAGUUCAUGAGCCCAACGUGUCAGGCAAGCAGAAGCGAACGAGAAAUCGUUUGCGAUUAAGUUGCUUGGAGUGCACCAGGCGCAGACAGAAAUGUGAUAGGAACCAACCUUGUGGACUGUGUGUGUCCAGAGGUGUUUCCCACCUUUGUCGAUGGGAGAAGGUUCCCGUUGCUCGUCCUGCCCCGCAGCGGCCUCCGAAUGUAGGCAUGGGCGCCGAGUCACACACAGCGGUCGCUUGCGAGUCCGAAAAAUCAGGGGAACCAAGCGCAGCAGAGAUGUUGGCGCGAAUUGCCGCAUUAGAGCAGACCAUCGCAGAAAUGAAAAUGAAUACGCGUUCUCCCCGCACGGUUGAAGUUGAAACCGAAGCGUCUGAGUCUCCGGACAACAACGAAAGUCAUAGGGUGCUCAGUACGAAUGGGGAGACAAGCGCGCUGAUACCAGUGAAGAGGGACGCGUACAUCAUGUCAGCAGCGUUAGCGUUAGUAUCUAUAGGACACCAUGGGGAGUACAUUGGAAGGGGGAGUGCUUUCUGCGCCCUACAUAUGCUUGGAUCACCCGAUGGGUCUUCGUUUCCCUAUGCUAAAUCCACAGAUGCCGUCGGGCCAUAUCGACAGUCUGUGAACGAACUCAUGCCACCGGUAUUCUUUAAUACCGUUGAACAUUUAGUCUCCAGUAUUCCUCUGCGCGCAGUCACAGACACCCUUAUAAAAACCUUCUUCGCUAGGACCAAUUGGAGAUACGGGAUAUCGGAAGACUGGUUUUACUCUGCAUAUGAGCAGAUGUGGACAGCGCUUAACUUCCCGUAUGGCGCUGGCUUGCAAGUUAACCCAAACUGGCUGUCGCUUCUUUUCGCGAUCCUUGCCAUAUGCCCACAAAGUGCUAUUAGCGCUGCCGCAGAUACCCAAGCGGAAGCGUUCUUCACGUACGGGAUGAUGGCACGCCGCGUCGCGGAGGAUACAUAUCUUUCUGUGCCCGCGUUCGCACCAUUGGAGAGUGCUGCAGAUGGUACCACGUUAGGCUGUCUUGCUGCACCGAUACUAGCCUAUUUCCUUGCGGAGCGGAAGCGUAUCAGUGAAGCGUGGAAGUUGAUAGGGAAUAGCAUACGGAGUGCGCAAGCCGUUGGGAUGCAUCGCGAUCCUUCAUGGAGGCAAUGGCACACGAUGUCAGAAAAUGAGCGGAUGCUUAGGACUAGGGCGUGGUGGGGUUUGAGGCAAUGGGACAUCUUAUACUCUUUUACCCUAUCAAGGCCACCGAUGAUCCAACCAAGCUCAUUUGAUGUCCAGUUACCCGUGGUGGAUACGAAGAUGUCUCUGACCGAUCAGUUGUUCAUCACAUAUCAGUUGGAGCUGGUAAAGCUUUCUGCCAUCCUUGAGAAGGCGGUCGAAAAGUGCUUGAGCGUGGCCUACCCGACAGGGGAGGAUGUCUUCCAGUUCGACGAAGAAAUCAAGCUGUGGCGUGCCAACUGGGCUACUUACCUUCACGAUUCCCCUUUCUUUACGGUGGAUCCAUCUACAGGGACGGCAGAGCAUAAUCGAAUAUUGCGCAAUCACCGGUUCUCAAUGAGAACUUGGUACCUCACGAGUCGUAUCAAGCUGCACCGAUCCUUCCUUACCCAAGUUGGCCCUCCGAGGACCCCCGAAGCCAUCUCACUCAAUAAAUGGCGAAGCCGAAGCCGCGACGUCUGCAUCGAAGUCGCCAUAGAAAUGAUUUACCACCAGAUGGCAGCCUAUCAUCGCGUACUUCUGGCUCGCAACGGGCAAAUAUCAGUCGAUGAAGUUCCCGUGAAAGAUAGUUGGUGUUUCGAGGGGGUGUUUACUCUGUACGAUGCGGCGGUGACCGUUGUCGUUGCAAUGACCUUGACGGAGCCUGAGAAGAGACCUCAAGGUGCGGAAGAGGCGUUCGACAAGGCGGUGGCCAUGAUGAGGAGUAUUGCUGCUGCGUUGACUGGGAAGAGGGCAGAUAUCAUGGGCCUUGCGUUGGAGUCGUUGAGAGUCCUUGGGAGAGAACAAGGGUGGAGGCGAGGGGAUAUGUCGCCCGCCGCCAGCAUUGAUGUUAACAACGCAAUUGUAUAUUAG